AGUUCCCGUGGUUAUUAGUAAAUUUGUUUAAAAAAAUUGUUUUAUUGGCACGACAUAUAAAUUUAUAAUGCCUUUGAUUAUAAUCGCAGGGCUACCUGCCAGCGGUAAAUCGGUCCGCAGUGCUGAAUUGGUAAAUUACUUUGAAAGUCGUGGUAAAACGGUUUACCAAGUAUCGGAGUUAGGUUGCAUACAGCUUGCUGGUUAUAGCAAAAAUGAGUGUUUUCGGGAUUCUCAGAAAGAAAAACUGGUCAGAUCCAGUGUAAAAUCGGAAGUUGUUCGGCUACUUAAUAAAAAUGAUGUUGUAGUGGUCGAUGGCAGUAAUUAUAUUAAAGGCUUCCGAUACGAAAUAUUUUGCGUAAGUAAAGCAACGAGGACUACUCAGUGUACACUUUAUUGUGCCAUUGUAAAAGAUCAAGCGUGGUGCUUUAACGAAACCAGAACUAACAAAGAUGAGUUAUAUGACAAGGAUGUGUUCGAUGCUCUUUGUAUGAGGUUUGAAGAACCUCAGCAUAAUAAUCGAUGGGACAGUCCUUUGUUUACUUUAUUUCCGGAAGAACCGCUCGCCGGAGAAAAUAUUUUCAAUGCUCUGUAUAAUCAACAGGCUUUGUUGCCUAAUUUAUCCACGCAGAAUGCUCCCUUGAAUUCAACCAAUUACCUGUUUGAGAUGGACAAAAUUACUCAGGACAUAAUUAAGCAGGUAAUAUCAGCACAUAAAUUAGGCGCGACUGGGUCAAUAAAAAUAGCCAGUAACGCUUCAACGGUGGACAUUCCACCAGACUUGAACCCUUCACAGUUAAAUCGAGUGCGCAGACAGUUUCUUAAUUAUAUGAAGUUACAUUCAACUGGCAAUGUAUCGAUUGAAAAGAUUUCAUCUAUGUUUAUUCAAUUUCUAAACUCAAAUUAUCGAUGA